AAAGCUGAGCUGGAAGACUCUAUUCAUUCACUGCUCCUGUGUCCAGCAACUCGGCCGGUUUCUGUUUACUGAGUUCUGACGAGUCAGGGAGAGCACCAUGUCUCCUGACCACUUCAUCUGUUGCUUCUUAUCUGUUGGGAUUCUACUGUUCAUCGUCUUGCGUGUCAGCGGAUCCAAAAAAGAUCCUAUUGUAGAAUGUCUAAAGGACAACGACUAUGAUGAACUUCUUGACAUAAUCAACGAAGGCCUUCCACCGACAAAGACCCCUCACCAUGUGGCCAUCAUUGGUGGGGGCAUUGCUGGACUUACUGCUGCUAAGUACCUAGAGGAUGCUGGGCAUAAGGUUACAAUCAUAGAAGCAAGUGGCGAAAUAGGUGGAAGAAUUAAAACGUACAGGAGUAAAGAGGGCUGGUAUGCAGAAUUCGGUGCCAUGAGGAUCCCAAGCUUCCACUGGAUUCUCAGGAAUUUCACAGCAAAGCUCGGUCUGCCACUGAACAGAUUCAUUGAAGAAGACAUCAACACUUAUUAUUACAUCAACAGCCUCCGUCACAAAACCUACAAAGUGAAGGAGAAUCCUGAUGUGCUAAACUACUCCUUAAGCGAUCAGGAGAAAGGAAAAUCAGCCAGUGAACUUUUCAGCCAAUCGUUGUGGAAGAUAAGAGAGUAUCUGAAGUCACAUGACUGUGAAACUAUGUUAAAAUACUCUGACGCCUACUCCCUUAUGGAUUAUUUGGUGAACGAGGUUAACAUGAGUAAAGGAGCCUUGUGCAUGAUCGGAGACAUCCUUAACGAGAGCAGCUUCUACUACAUCUCUCUCCUGGAGAGUCUCUACCUGCAGGCUGAUAUUAAUGAUGAAACAACAUAUUGGGAGAUCUCAGGAGGCUUUGAUGAAUUACCCUUCAAGUUUUAUAAAAUCCUCAACUCCACAAUCCUCCUCAACUCCAAAGUCCGAGGCAUCAGUUAUACAGAUAGUAACGUGACCGUGUUUUAUAAUGAAAAGCAUAGCUCACUUUUGACCCAGAAGACAUUCGACUACGUCUUGGUGACGGCUACGGCCAAAGCCACCCUCUUUAUCGACUACCAGCCUCCUCUCCCACACUGGAAGUUGGAGGCUCUGCGCUCGGUCCACUACGCUAGCUCCACCAAGGUCGUCCUGAGCUUUAGUCGGAGGUUUUGGGAGGACGAAAGCAUUUUUGGGGGUAGGAGCAUUACGGAUUUGCCCUCACGCUUCAUCUACUACCCCAGCCAUAGCUUCACUGCGAAAGGAGGAGCUCUCCUGGCCUCCUACACCGUCUCGGACGAAGCGGCGCUCUUCCAGGGAAUGUCCGACGACGAGCUUAAACAAGUGGUGCUGAAUGACUUGAUGAAGAUCCACGGAGUGUACAUCCAGGAUCUGUAUACUGGAGGCAUUGUGAAGAAGUGGGGGUUGGAUCCUUACAGCCUUGGAGCUUUUGCUAUCUUCACUCCUUACCAGAAAACCUACUACGGCGAAAAUCUGGCUAGGAAUGUGAGUCGGAUUUAUUUUGCUGGAGAACAUGUCGACAUGCCUCAUGGCUGGAUUGAGACUGCUAUGAAAACUGCCCUCAGAGCAGCUAAGACCAUAAACUCAGCUAAAUAACAUGAAUUUAUGCUCAUUUUUUUUAAAUUAAAAUUGGGGUUAGGAUUAGGGUUAGCAUUAUAUGUGAGAAGGAAAAUAUAUUAUGCAGUUUUUUUCACUUUAUUAUAUGCAUUAAUAAUAUCUUUGGCAUUUUUACUCACACUUUUGUACCUGAAACCAAAUGACAUCAUACACUGAAACUUCAUUAUAAUAUUUUUUAUACUAAUAAACUACUUUGAAUGACAGUGUGAUCAACAUACACUAUAUUGCCAAAAGUUUUGGGACACCCCUCCAAUUCAUUGAAUUCAGGUGUUUCAGGGGUUGGGCUCGGCCCCUUAGUUCUAGCAAGUGGAACUCUUAAUGCUUCAUCAUACCAAGACAUUUCGGACAAUUUCAUGCUUUGUGGGAACAGUUUGGGGAUGACCCCUUCCUGUUCCAACAUGACUGCACACCAGUGCACAAAGCAAGGUCCAUAAAGACAUGGAUGAGUGAGUUUCGUGUGGAGGAACUUGACUGGCCUGCACAGAGUCCUCACCUCAACCUGAUAGAACACCUUUGGGAUGAAUUAGAGAGGAGACUGUGAGCCAGACCUUCUCGUCCAACAUCAGUGCCGGACCUCACAAAUGUGCUUCUAGAGGAAUGGUCAAAAAUUCCCAUAAACACACUCCUAAACCUUGUGGAAAGCCUUCCCAGAAGAGUUGAAGCUGUUAUAGCUGCAAAGGGCGGGGCAACUCCAUAUUACAUUCAUGUGCAUGUAAACGCAGGCAGACGUUCCAAAACUCUUGCCAAUAUGGUGUAUCUACCUCAAUGAC